CUCACAUACAUAUAUAGUGCCUAUAUAUAUAUCAAGAAGAAAGACUUUCGAGUGUGGCUUAGACGCGACGUAGACGAUGCCAAAUAAUCGUAAUCGUAAUCGCAAUCGUAAUCGCAAUAAACGAAAUAAAAAUCAAAAUCAAAAUCAAAAUAAACAGCAACGAGAGCUAAAAGAGGAUCAGCCAGAAAAUCGGAGUGAAGUCAAAGAUCAGCUGGAAGAUCCACAAAAAGAUCUGACAGCAGAGAAGCCUAAGGAGCAGCUGAUUGCAGUAAAAGAGAAAGAGGUAGACUCACCUAAAGAGCAGACAGUAGAAAAGCCUGGAGAUCAGGUCAAAGAAGACUCGAUUAAGCUGAAAGAGGAAGAACUUGACGAUCAGUCUGAAGAUCCAGCGAAUAAACAGCCCAAAGAGCAGCUGACUGCAGUGAAAGCUCAGCUAAGAGAGGAUCAGUGUACAGAUCAGUCCAAGGAACAGUUGGUUGUAGUGAAGGAAGAAGCACUUGAAGAUCAGUCAAAAGAAACGGCCAAAGAGCAGCUGACUAAAGAAAAAGAGGAAAAGCUUGUCGCAGAUCAAUUGCAGAACCCGUCCAAAGAGCACCUGAUUCAAGUGAAACUUGAGGAUCAGUUGGCUGUAGUAAAAGAUCAGAUUGAAGAAUCACCAAAAGAUAAGACAGAAGAGAAGGCUGACAAUCAGCUUGCAGACAGAGAGCAGCCGCUUGAAGUCAAAGUUUUGAUAAAAAAGGAGUUCCAAGCUUCGACUGCAGAUCCGUCGGAUAUAGCAAAAGCAAAGCAGUUCGUCGACCAGUCAGUAACACAAGUCAUAGAUAAGCAAAAGGAACAGCUAAUCGGGCAAGUUUCAAUAGAAGAUCUGAAAAAAGAGGAAAUUGUCGAUCAGCCAGCAAAUCAGUCAAAGCAGCAGCUGGAAAAUCAUUCUAUAGAUCAAUCAAAAGAUCAGCCAGAUAAUCAAUCUAAGCAACAUUUGUUUGUUAAGACUGAGGAUCAACUGAAACAACAGCCAGUGGUGCACAUAGUGCCGGUACGAAUUGAGCAGGAAGCGACAGCAACAGAACAGCAAUCAGUUGUUGAUAGAGCAGCAAUGGGCGCCAAAAAUUCCAAGCAGCAACGGCAGCAACAGCAGCAGCAGCAGCAGCAGCAGCAACAGCAGCAGCAGCAGCAGCAGCAACAGCAACCUGAACAGCAGCAACAGCAACAGCAGGAGGCUAUCAAAGCACCAGGUAGUCCACGACAGGCCAAGGUCAUAGUGCAUCGCAUAGUGCGCGAAGGCGACGAUGAUGCAAAUGCACAGCAGCAACAGUUGCCGCAGCAACAGCAACAACAACAGCAGCCAAGUCAAGCAGAGCAAGAGUUGCCAGCAGCUGUGCAAGAGAUCUUGGCCAAUUGUCAGCUGCAACAGCCACUGGCAAAGCAACAACAACCGUCAAAUGCACAACAGCAACAGUCGCCGGCACCGCAGCAACAUGCAGCAAAUCAGCCGCUGCAACGCAGCACCAAGGUGAUCAUACAUCAGAUACGCAUCGAGACGGACGAGAAGGAACGCGCUCGCAGAGGUAAGCCAACAAUUGAGGAGAUCAGCAGCACCACAGCAACACCCGCACACAGCAACAGCAACAGCAACAGCACCAGCAACAACAGUGGCACAUUGUCGCCGCCGCCGCGUUACCUCGUCGAAUCGCCCUCGCCAAAGGCCGUGCAACAGUUCAGUAAAUUCUCGCGCGACUUGCAGAUUCAGGAGCUGGAGCAGAGCAGCGACUGCAGUUCUGGGGAGUUCAAUGGGCCGCUGCAAUCGCCGCUGGUCUUUGAGGCCGACUCCGAGACGGAGGCCACAGUCGCGCCCAUCACCACGCCCACCACCAGCACAGCUCACUCGGCUCAGUUCCCUCCCGACCUGCCGUCCAGCAGUCGCGCCGACCCACAGGAGCAGCUGCGGCAGAAGCGCGCCAAGCGAAACGCAGUCGAAAUGCACUUUCUGCCGCAGCUGCUCAGUCCGCGCUAUUUGGACAGCAUUCAGGAGGAGAACAGCGAAACGGCGGCAGCGCCCAAUGAGCUAAGUCGCAGUGGCUCCGCCACGGAUCAGUCCAAGUCGCGUCCAGCCGGGCCCCUCAAGGUCAACGAAACAUUUCCGCGCAGCCAUCUCGACUUUAGUCGUCGGCACAAGCGGCGCGAGGAGCCGAUCGCUCUCAUGCUGGAGACGAAACUGAUCGAGCAGAGCGACAAUCUGGAGAGCUGCACCCGGCUGCAGAGCACGCUGUCGCCCCAGUCCGAGGAUGCCGAAUUGGUUUAUCUCAGCUCGUCGAGCUCGAGCAGUGUGUCGGAUCUAAUGGAGCUCGAACUGGAGGAGGCAGCUGCUCUCGCUGAGCGCGUUCUCAUCGAUCUGGACACCGAUGCCAGCAAGCUUAUCAAUCGGCCCGACGAUGAGCUGAGCAGCAACAUCACCACGGAGCCCAUCAGCUCAUCCAACGAAACGGAAACCGAGGGCGAGUGUGAGGUCGAAACGGAAGUGGACACGGAAACGGAGGCAACAACUGCGGCCGAGCAGUCGUCGAGUCGCGAGAGCACACCUGUUAACGCUCAAUCCCCAUUGCCAGAGCAGGCAACGCCAACGGCGACAGCGACAGCGACGCCAGCAGCGACGCCGCCCACGCACGCUGUGGCCAACGAAGGCGAGGCGAGCAAAUUGGCCAACAGUUCGACUGCAACCGCUUCGCUGGCGGCCACGCGCGAGGAAUUCGUACGCAAUAUGGACAAAGUGCGCGAAUUGAUCGAAAUGACGCGACGCGAGCAGAGCGGAAACGGAAACGGAAAUGCGAACGGGAACGGGAACGGUAACGGUAACGGUAGCGUAAGCGCAGACGUUAACGGAAACGAAAUCGCGUCGCGUUUUGCUGCUGCUGCUACCGAACAGCAACAGCAGCAACAGCAGCAACAGCAGCUGCAGCAGCAACAGCAGCCAAGUGAAUUGCGUUGUAGGUUAUCACCCACGCCGCCGCCUGUGCCACCACCACCCAGCUGCAUGCACUAUACCCCAACCACACAACAGCAACAAACGCAGCAGCAGCAGCUAGAGCAACAGCAAUCACAAUUUGAUUUGCAUGCCAAAGUGAAUCCUUUGUUGCUCUCGCGGCAAGAGUCGAACGAUUCGCACUGCUCGGACAGCACACAGCACAGCCAAUGCACCGCCAUAAACAUGGCCUCACCACCACCCACACCACACACACUUGCCCCACCGCCACCCACAGCAUCCACUCCACCCACUCCACCCCAGCGCCAACAUUCAGCCAUUUCCACAAUUUCAGCUGAGCAAGCGGAAGCGGAUCGCAUCAAGAAAUUGCGUCUGCUAUGCACCGAGACCUUGGCCUCCAUGCCCUAUGGCGAGCAGAUGCUUGAAGAGCUCGCAAGUGUGGCACAAAAUAUACAACAACAGCAGCAGCAACAGCAACCACAUCAGCAACAGCAGCAGCAACAGCAGCAGCAGCAAUCGAACAUGCCUUAUCCUCUGCCUCAGCUGCCUCAUAUAAGCGAGCUGCAGCUGUCGCUGAACCAGGUCCAGGCUGAGGAGAAGGACGCCUGGCUGGGUGUGCCCACGCAGGCGGAUCCUCAGCUGCUAGUGUGCCUGUCGCCCGCACAGCGUGCCCUCGCACAGCAGCAACAGUUGCAGCCGGCGGCCGAUCAGCUGCUGGAUGCGCACGAGAAAUUCGUGCAGCGUCGCGGCUAUCAUGAGCUGAGCAGAGAACAGGUGCGCGCCAUGGACGAGGCGCAACUGAAUGCCGAGCAGCAGCAGAUACUCAAAACAGCGGCCAAAAUGCGCGAGUUGCGCAAGAGUCUAACGCCCACGCCAACAUCGCCGACGCCGCAGCAGCAGCAGCAGCAGCAACAGCAGCCGCCGCCGGUGCCUGUGAAGAGCGCUGAGACAGCGGCCAAGGCAAAGAGCCAACAGCAGCAGCAACAGCAGCAACAGCCAGAUGACGCAAGCCUGCCAAUGAGAGACACAGCAGCAACAACAGCAGCGACAGCGACAUCAUCACAUGAAAAUAAACCAAGAGCAGCAGCAGCUGAUCAGUCGUUGCCUUACGCAUUCGAGCAGUCGACCAAACACAGCAGCAACAUCAGCAGCAGCAGCAGCAGCCACAGUCACAGUCACAGUCAGAGUCAGAGCAGCAACAGCAACUACAUGAACGGCAGCAAAUUUCCAGCCAGCAUGGAGAGUGAAUUGGCGCGCAUGUUCCCGAGCAUCGCGCCGCAGGGCGACAUAUUCGCGGAGCAACGCAAGCGAUUCUCCAACAUCGAGUCGAGCAGCCGGCAACAGUUGCUGCCGGCGCAGAGCAAGCGCUACUCGAACAUUGAGACGAGCUCGUACGAGUCCCAGAAGCGUGUGGAGAACGGACAAGUGGUCUACGACAGCAGCAGGAGCAAGCGCGAACAGCGGGAAGAGGGCGAGCCGAUCACUAACAAUGUGGAUGAGGUGGAUUGUGCACCGCCUCCUGUGCCGCCACCGCCGGCAGCAGCUAAUAUUAUGUCAGCAACGAAAUUAAAUGGCUUGUCAAACACUUUCAACGAUGACGCACAGCAGCAACAGCAACAACAGCAACAGCAAUAUAAAGAGAGCAGCCAGACAACAACAGCAACAUCUACAGCUGGCAGCCAUGCCAAGGUGAACACUGGCAGCACUGGCAGCGGCACUUAUGAGGAAUUUCGGCAACGUGCCAAAGCAGCGCUCGACGCAAUUGCGCAGCCUUCGCCGGACAAUGAAAAGCUCUUCAAGGACUUUGACGCCCUCUCCCAGCAGCUGAAUGCCGAGCUGCAAACGGGACGCGAGCAGCGGCAGCAGCGCGACAAAUCCGCCUCGCUCUACGAUCUCAGUCGGCUGACCAACAGCAACAGCAGCAGCAGCAAUGGCCACGUCAGCAACAGCUGCCAGCAGGAGCAGCUGAAGCGCCAGCGACAUGCGCACAUGCAGGAGCUGGAGCGCGAGAUCGAGCGCUCGGCCAGGUCGCGCCAGGAGCGUUUGUCCUCGGUGCCGCGCACUGUGGAGAUUCCCGUUGAGCUGGCGCCGGACUACCGUAGCCGUCGCUCCGAGUCGCUGUGCAAUCUCAGCGAGAGCGGCGGGCAGCGGCCGCACACGUCCGCGGAGCACUAUCCGCGCCAGCAGCAGGACGACUGGGCGCGCUACGCCAACGACCUCGGCUACUCGGAGAACAUUGCGCGGCCGUUCGCCCGCGAGGUGGAGAUCUGCUAUCAGCGGCAGCGACAGCCGCACAGCGGGAUACGCGCUCCACGGCUCUCGGCCAGCACGAACGAUCUGUCCAGCAGCAGCAGCUACGAUGGCUUCAAUGCGUACGGAGGCGGCAGGAGGCAUGCGCCCAUGCUGCAGCAGGCGCCGCAGCAGCAGCGGCCGCACUACGCCAGCUGCUACUCGAUGAUCGAGCGCAAUCCCAAUCCCACGUACAUCAGCACCACCUCCAGGCGGGGCGUCUCGCCGGCGCCACAGCCGCCGCACUCGGGCCAGCCUCCUGCCUACGACCGGCAGCAGCGGCGCGCCUCGCUGCCGCGCGAGCUGCACGAACAGCAGCUGAAGUAUAUACUGAGCAAGGAGGAGGAGCUGAAGCUGGAGUUUGAGCGGCUGCAGCAGGAGCGUCGCCGGCUCAUGGAGGAGAUGGAGCGGGCGCCGACUGUGCUGCAGGCGCCGCCGCCGCGACGCGAGAGCUACCGGCCGGCGCCGAAGCUGCCGACGCUGAGCGAGGACGAGGUGUUCCGCCAGCAGAUGGCCGAGGAGUGGAUGCACAAGGUGGCGGAGCGCGAGGAGCGGCGCCAGCACAAGAUCAUCAAGAUCUCUAAGAUCGAGGACGAGCAGCAGCACGCCACCGAGGAGCAGGCGAACAUUAGCGACGAGUUCCUCAACCGGGUCAAGGAGCGGCGCCACAAGCUGGCCAUGCCCGCGGACAGUGACUGGGAGAGCGGCGCCGAGUCGCAGCCGGUGCAGGCCAAGGCGGAGUCCGAUGUGGAUGGGGAGGCGGUGCCGCCAGUGCGUGUGCUCGAGGGCCAGGCGGAGGCGAAUCUGCGCGAGCUGCCGCGCCACUUGCGCGAAUUCGCCAAGUUCAGCAGCUGUGAGCAGCUGGAGGGAGGCCAAGUGGAGCGGCACGAGCAGCAGGAGAGGAACGAGAGCGCCACGGACAAUGCACAGUGCAGCGCCACCAAGAAGUCGACCAUUGUGAAGACGUACAAGGUGUCCCGGCUGCCGCCGUCUGUCCAGGACAAUGAUAAAACAGCAACCAACAACAACAACAACAACAACAAUGAAAACACCAGCAACAACAGCAACAGCUACAACAACCAGAACAACAACAACAACAUUACAAGAGAAACAACGUCAACCAUGCAUAGCCAUAUAGUCAAUGAAUCCCGAUCCGAAUCGAAUUUCAAUCGAACAGGAACGCCCAUGCCCUCGUCUGCGCCAUUUUUGGGCAAUUUUCAUAGAAAUUUCGAUGAGCUCUUUGCCAGUUCACCCUUCCGCUCGAAAAUCUUCGAAGAGUUUGAUAAAUAUUGGCGCAAUUUCGACAGUAAAACCACGUCCGACAGUUUCUCCAAAGCAAUUAAAACGACAGCGACGCCAACGUCGACGACGAUGCCAACGCCGAUGCCGAUGCCAGCGCCGAAGCCAGCGACGGCAGCAAAGUCACAUCUACGGCAGCAGCGACAGAAGCAGACGCGAUUUCUGCUCUCGCCGCAGCAGCAGCUGCAGCAGCAGCGCAAGCGACGCAGCUGGUCCGAGAGCGAUCUGCUCAAGGAGAUCGACAACGAGCUGCAGCUAGCCAAGGGCUUUCUCUAUGCCAACGGUCGGUCGAAACUGAACCCUGAUCUGUGUAUACAUACAUGUCUAUAUAUUCCUUGCCCUUAACAAGUCCAUCCAAUUCGUGUGUCUGCCCUCCAAAUGUCUCUAAUCCAAUUUGUUUGGUCAAAUGAGCGCAGCUGCUUGCUAAUUGGCCAAAAAAACGAAUGAAAA